UAUAUGUAUUUUUGUUAUGGCUGACCUGGUUUUCCUUUAUUCAACAAAGAGAGGGAAUUAAUUUUUAAUUUUUUUUUGAGAUUGCUAAGGUAAUUAUUUUCAUUGUUAAUAACAGGGAAUUGUCAAGUGUGGUUACAUUUAUUGUGAGAUCUUUCACUGUUUGAGCUAAAAAGAAAAAUGGAAGCCGUUGAAAUUGAAGCCUGGUGCAAAAAGAAGCAGUUAGCUUAUGGACAUGCAGUUGUCUUGAGUGAUGUGGACCCAGAUGUCACAGAUGCAGUUCUGCUAUCAGCUUUGAGUCAGGUCAAAGUAUUUGGGAAAUCCGAGAUAGUUGACCGUUGUCUUGACGUAGCUUCUAAGACACAGUUUGUACUGAUCAAGACUUCAACUGACUUGACUAAUCAAACCUUACCUGGUGUUGUUGGACUUCCUGGGGAGGCUGGUCCAUGGCCGGCUCAUGUGCUCACUGCUCCUGCAGAUAAUGACGGGUUUCAAUCUAAGCUAAUGUUAUUCCUGGAGACUGAAGGUAAAACUCUUACUGAUGUUAGUGGCUUACUUCAGCCUUCACCCCUUGACGUGAACACUGCUCUGAUACAUGCCAUCAGUUCCUUAGUGGAUAAAUGUAACACCACAUCUGUUGAUUCUCAGAGCUAUCGUAAGCUGCGCAUGUUCUCUGGUGUGAAACCUACGCCCAAUGGGGAGGAAGAGUAUGAUGCCUGGGCAGAGCAGACAACACAUCUGCUAGAAGAGUGGCAGUGCAGUGACAAUAUAAAGAAACAGCGGAUAGUGGAAAGUCUGAAAGGUCCAGCUGCUGACAUUGUAAGAUUCCUAAGAGUGCAGAAGCCCACUGCAACUUCAUAUGACUACAUGCAAGUUUUGGAGACAGCUUUUGGAACAACUGAGAGUGCAUCUGAUCUUCUGGUGAAAUUUAGACAUACAUACCAAAAUGUUGGCGAAAAACUGUCUACUUACCUGUUGAGGCUGGAUAAACUGCUGCACUGUAUUUUCAGAAAAGGAGGCGUGGCACUGUCUGACAUGAAUCGAUUACGGAUGGAGCAGGUUGUGAGAGGAGCACUGCAACAAGACAUGAUUGCACUUCGUCUUUGUAUGACUCACAAGCUGCGAGAACCUCCUUCUUUCAGUGAGUUGCUAAAAGAAGUAAGGGAGGAAGAGGAUAUGCUCCAAAGCAGAAACAAUCUUAAGAACCCAGUAAUGUCACAGUCUGUAACUCCUGUUUCCAAGUCGGCACCUGAACAAGAAGUCGAUCCUGAAGUAGCAAAGCUGAAAAAAGAGAUAAGUGUCAUGAAAGCUGAGAUGCUUAGUCUUAAAGCUGCUGCAGUCGCAUCACAUCCAGACACCCAGAUUCCACAACUAGAAAUCCCUGCCAAGACACCUUACAAAAAAAAUGCUACCCCACAAAGGUCUGGCUAUCAAGAGGAUAAACCUGGAAUAUUUUGCUAUAGAUGUGGGGAGGAUGGACAUUUUAAGAGAGAAUGUGAGGGUGAAGAAAACCUACUCAAAGUCAAUAAGCACCUCAUUAAACUGACAAAGAAAUCGGGAAACUACCGCGAGAUCCAGUAG